CUUUCUUCUCUCAACCAUGCUCGAAGCAAAACUCGCUGAAGCCAGUAUCCUCAAAAAGCUCCUUGAUGCUAUCAAAGAGCUUGUCAACGACGCCAAUUUCGAGUGCAACGAGGAGGGCAUCAACCUUCAGGCGAUGGACAACUCCCAUGUCGCCUUAGUCGCCGUAAAGCUACAACAGACGGGCUUCAGGAAAUACCGCUGCGACAGGCCAAUGCCUCUUGGCGUGAACAUUGCUAGUCUGACCAAGGUCCUCAAAUGCGCAAAGGACGAUGACCUGUGUACCUUAAAGGCAGCAGAUGAAGCAGACGUGCUUAAUCUCGUAUAUGAAGCAAAAAACAGCGAUCGGAUCGCAGAAUACGACCUGAAGCUCAUGGACAUCGACUCUGACCAGCUCGCUAUUCCUGAUACUGAAUAUGACGCGUAUAUCAAGUUCCCUGCAAACGAGUUUUCGCGUAUUGUGCGUGACUUGGCCUCAUUAGGAGAAAGUGUACGCAUCGAUGUCAGUAAGGAAGGUGUUCGCUUUGCGAGUGACGGAGAGGCCGCAAAUGGCAGUGUAUUGCUAAAAGGACAAGGUCCUAUUACUGGAGUGACGAACAGACCCAAGUCUUCGGAAGAGGAGGACGAAGACGCGGAAGGUUCUGGUGUAAAGAAAGAAGACGCAGCAGGGGCGAAGGAAAAGCCGAAAGUCGAAGAGAUUAGUGAGGAUGACGAAGAGGACGAGAAGCCUAAAGUCAAGAAGGAGAAGAAAACCAAAGUUAAGAAAGAGAAGGCGGAUGGGGAUGUUGAUAUGGACGGUGAGGACGACGAAAAGGAAUAUGAGGAUGAGGGCGAGGAAGAGGUCGAUAAUGAGGAUUCGGAUGAGGAAGGAGAUGGCAAAAAGCGAAAGAAAAAGGAAAGCUCGUCAGGAAAAUCUCCGAAGAAGCCUAGGACCGUGAACGGUCAGGCUAAAGGGAAGGGGAAGGGAAAGUCAAAAGAAGACGACGGAGAGGACUCCGAAAUCCUUAUUCAAAUGAAUUCCCAUGUCUCAUUGACGUUCUCCUUGAAGUAUCUCGUCAAUUUCAGCAAAAGUGCCAGCUUGACUAACAAAGUCGAGCUUUACAUGAGCAAUGACGUGCCGUUGCUGGUUUCCUAUGACUUUGGUCCAGGUUAUAUUCGGUACUACCUCGCACCAAAGAUUGGGGAUGACUAAACGUUACCUUGUCAUUCAUGUACUUUUUGUUUUACAUCUACCCAAGUCUUAAAUUUCUUUUUCAAUACAUCUUUUGAGUUUGUGUGUUUUUACAUAUAUACAUAAUCGUGAAACACAACAACAUAAGAGGCAAGUCAAGAGAAACGACAUGUG